AUGCAUCCCGCGAGCUUCCCGAUGACGCCGCUGGGGCAACGCAAAGUCGCCAUCCCUCGGUUGCAAAAGCCCACCCAUGGACAGAUUGCGCCCAAAGAAAGACGCCGGGUCCCACGUGCAUGCACCGCUUGUCGGUCACAGAAGAUCAAAUGUACUGGUGAGCGGCCGCGGUGCAAGCAUUGCGCGACGACGAGUCGAGAAUGCGUCUACAUCAUGCCGCGUAAGGACAGGCUCAAGAUCGUUAGCGAACGUUGCCAGCAGAUGGCAGGCCUGCUCAAAGGCCUCCAGUCUUGCGCGAAUGCAGACGACUCUGCCAGGAUCAACGACUUAUUGGGCAGUGUCGACGAAGACAUAUCAGAGUCGCACCACACCACCGCGCCCUCCAAUCCCGACACGGACGCCAAUGGCUCGCAGGAGAGCCGAGAAUUCGACGUACUGGACCUCUACCACGAACUCGACACGGAAUCCCUGGACCUGCUGCACGAGGACCUGCACAUCAGCGAUCGAGCGCGUGCGACUGGAUUCGUAGGCAAGAACUCUGAAGUGCAAUGGCUGCGAGCCGCCGCCCUGGCGCAGACAGACCGACCCGACGACGACGCUGCCGGUUUCCCGCGACGGAGCUCCUACGCGUCGGCCCUGAGUAACGAGCAGAUAAGCUCGUACAGCUUCUGGUCCGAUCCGGAAAGCGUGGACAUUGACUUUUAUGUCGACCCGUACGAUCUGCCACAGAUGGAGACUGCCGAACGGCUGCUGAGCUGUUAUAUGAGUAAAGUGCACGACUCUUUCCCCAUUCUGCCCAGGAAGACGUUUGAAGAUCAAUUCCGCAAGUACUUCACGGCGCUGUCGAAUGGCAACGCGCCGCGCCUCAGCCCGAAGUGGCAGGCGAUCCUGAAUCUGGUGUUCGCCAUAGGGGCAAAGUAUUCGCACUUAUCCAAGGCGAGCUGGCAGGCGGACAGUCGCGACCACCUCAUCUAUCAGGCGCGGGCCAGGGCGUUCGGCUUGAACGACUCCACCAUGACGACUCACCCGGAUGUGCCUCAGAUCCAGAGCCUGGGACUUCUUGCGUUCUAUUGGCUGUCCGUGGGUCAAGUCAGCCGUGCAUGGACCAUCAUCGGGUUAGCCCUGCGAUACGCAUACACCCUCGGUCUCCACGUCCGAAACGAAGACCCGUCGGCUACAGCGGUGAAGCGCGAGACCUUGGUACGCACGUGGUGGAGUCUGUACUCGCUGGAGCGUACUUUGAGUAUUGUGACGGGCAGACCCAGCACCAUUGUCGACUCAUGUUGCUCCGUGCCGCUGCCGAUGCCUGUGGUCGAAGAGCAAAUCUCCGACAAACUAGAGGCCGUGUACCGGAAGCGCAUCGGCAGCACAUCGAACUUCGCAACUCCCCGCAGGUGGUCGACCGGCCCCAUGGACUCGCCACACACGCCCAUUGGACUCGGCACCACAGAGGCAAACUCGGGCUCGUACUUCAAGGCCGCAAUCCAGCUCUCCAUCAUCACCCAGAGCGUCCUCACCUCGCUCUACGCAUCUACCAUCGUCCGAUCAACCGGUGAAACCCAGCUCGAGAUGGCCCAGCUCAGCCAGCGCCUCGACCAAUGGGUGCUCUCUCUCCCCCGCGAGUUCAACUUCCAAGACCCCAGCAACGGCACCAACAUGCUGUUCGACCGCGAGCGCGUCCUCCUCGGCUUCCAACUGUGCAGCGCGCGGAUGCUGCUCGGACGCCCGUGUCUGACCACCCGACGGCCGCCGUGGCGCGACAGCACCGAAGCCGCCUUCGCGCGCGAGCUGGCAGACAGCUGCAUCAGCGCAGCCUCGACGACGGUGGACUUCCUCUCGGCGGUGCCGGACGCGCACUUCAUCUACGCGCAGGGCCCGUGGUGGUGCCUGGUGCACCACGUGAUGCAGGCCGUGUCCGUGUUUCUGCUCGGCCUGGCGCAUCCCACAGCUACGUCCCACGACAGCGCGCUGCUGGUACACUACACGCGCAAGGCGAUGCGCUGGCUGGGCGCCAUGCAGGACCCUGUUGCGGAGCGCGCGUACCAGGUUGCGGUGGCGACGUUUGAGACAGUGUCGAGGCGGCAUGCGCUCGGCGAUGGCGAGUGGAAGGUGGAGGGGCCGCGUGGAGUGGAGGUGCAGCAUGCGGCAGAUCCGGGGAUGGCGCCGUAUAUAGCGCUGCAGUAUGCGCCGCCGGUGUCGUAUGCGGCGUCGUAUGCGGCGUUUGAUCCGGUGUCAACAGGUGCGGCAUUUUCGGCGUAUAAUGGGACGGCGGCGUUUGCUAAUAGCUACCAUAUGGGGCGGUAA